AUGGAUGAAAGAGAGGAAGAAAUUAUUGGAAAUUUUUGUGACUUGUUGGGUGAGCCUAACCUCAGCAGUGAAAUUGUACCCAAAGAGGUAGAAACGAAACGUUCAGCCAAACCGCCGUGCAGAAUAGAAAUUGAACUAGAAGAUGAGCAGCCAUGCCUAGAGAGGACGCUGGCACUGGUAAAGCCAGAGGCAGUGAAGCACAUACAGACGAUUAAGAAGCUGAUUUUGGAAGCUGGAUUCCACAUAAUGCAGGAAAGGAAAGUGCAUCUCACUCCAGAGCAGGUGAGUGAACUGUAUUUUCAACAUUAUGGGAAUCUGUACUUCCCACUACUAGUAGCACACAUGUCCAGUGGCCCAGUCAUUGCUCUUUGCUUAACAAAAACAAAUGCUAUAGAAGACUGGAAGCUUCUUAUGGGUCCAAAGUGUGUUAAAGUUGCCAGAGUGGAGUACCCUAAAACACUUCGAGCAAAAUUUGGAGAUCCAGAUGAUGAAAUAAGAAAUGCACUUAAUGGAAGUGACUCUGAAGAAAUGGCUGAGAAAGAGCUACACUUCUUUUUUCCUGAAUUGAUGUUGGAAUCUACACUGAAAGGACACCAUCCAACAUUCUACUUGGCAGAAAAAGUAAACCCUACUUUGGUUGAAGGAUUGACUGCUGUUUGCAAAGUGAAACCUGUAGAUCCUGUGAUAUGGCUUGCAGAUUGGCUGCUCACGCAUAAUCCCAACAGACCCAAAACAAAUGAAAUCUUGUCUAACUUACCAACCUAA